AUGGCAUCAGUCGUUUUGCUGUAUCCACUGGAUCAAGCAGGUGUCAUCUCACAAGCAAGCGGUGAACAUGCCAGCCUCUUCUCCCUCUUUAUGGAAGACUUAUUUCGAGGACUGGGCAGUCAACUGCAGGCGACCGGCUUUUCCUAUUUCGUGUAUUUUGGUGUCUACACUUCCCUGAAGACUCGCUUCCGUAGACCGCAGUUGCCACAAAGCCUUGCAGAUCUCCUGGCAGCUAGUCUUGCUGGCAUGCUGGGUGUUAUGCUCAGCAACCCUCUUUGGGUAGCCACAACUCGCUUGAAAAUUGGCAAGGCGACCGGCGCAGGCCUGUGGGAGGAGAUUGCCUACAUCAUUGUUGAGGAGGGCACUGGAGCUUUGUGGAAUGGAGUAUCUUCUUCAAUACUCUUGGUGGCAAAUCCAGCGAUCCAGUUUGUGAUCUACGACCUGUUAAAGCGGAAUGUUUGCAAACAGCCAGCACCUACAGCGUUGGAAGCUUUCUUGGCGGGUGCGGUGGCCAAGUCAUGUGCCACCUGUACCACGUAUCCAUUGCAAGUAGCACAGACUCGACAGCGCGUAAAUCGACAUGCCAAAGGGAUGUCUGACAGCAUCAUCGACUGUCUCUUGGAAGUGGUCGUGGUCAGCGGUGCUUUGGCAACAAGUUUGCUCUUGAGCUCUGGCUUUGAGCUUUGGGCUGGGUUGAUUAGCAGGGUCGAAUCUGGGGGAAGGCUAAUGGUCCUUACUCGCCACCAAGCUGAAGCAGGGUAG